AUGGCUCCUAAAAAGAAGGGGGCCAAAGAGCCCGAGCUCAAGAAGAAGAAAGGUAGCAAGAAGGAUCCCAACCUGGCCAACAAGCCCAUGGAAAUGCCUAUAAGCGAGGAGAUCCGAGAGUUCUACCAUGCCCAGAUCCGCAACCUGGAGGACAGGCUGGCCAGGUACCAGCGGAAGUGGGAUGAGUUGGCUAUGCAGGAGAAGCUGUUUCGCCAGGAGUUUGAGCAGCUGGCCAACAACAAGAAGGAGAUCGUGGCCUUCCUCAAGCGCACGCUCAACCAGCGGGUAGAUGAGAUCACCGACCUCAAUGAGCAGCUCCAGAGCCUGCAGCUGGCCAAGGAGAUAGAGAAGGAUGCCUUUGAGGCACAGCUAGCCCAGGUGCGCCACGAAUUCCAGGAGACCAAGGACCAGCUCACCACCGAGAACAUCAUUCUUGGGGGAAAGCUGGCAGCCCUGGAGGAGUUCCGGCUGCAGAAAGAGGAGCUCACCCAAAAGUUCAUGUCGCUGGAGGAGCAGCUGCGGAAGCAGGAGAACGAACACAAGGACUACGUGCACAACCUGGAGAAGAAGUCGGUGCUGGACAAGGACAGACUGAGAAAGGAGAUCAUCCAGCGUGUGAACAUGGUGGCCACGGAGUUCCGCAAGGUGGCCACGAGCCAGAUGUGGGACACAACCAAGAGGGCCAUCACAGAGAACAACGCAGUGACCCUGCAGCUGGCCAAGACUACACGACAGGGCACGCAGCUGCUGGCGGAGAACGAGCAGCUCCGGGGCCACCAGGACAACCUGUGCAAACAGCUGGAGCUGCUGGAGAACUCCCAGAAGCUCAUGGCCAGGAAAAACCGGGGACACCAGAAGGUCAUCCUCAUGCUGACGGAGAAGUGCCACGAGCUGCAGCAGGGCAAGGCCGAGGCCGAGAGGCUGCGCGUCCUGCUGGGCCAGCUGGAGCAGGACCUCCUGAAGCAGCAGCAGGACAAUCAGGCACUGAGGAACGAAAGAGACCAGCUGAACCUGCAGCUGGAGCGGCAGCAGGCCGAGGGGCAGCGGCUCCAGCAGCAACUGAACAAAGAGCAGAAGGUCCGGGCAAGCCUGGAGACGGCCCUGGCCCAGGCCACCUCCUUCCUACAGGACAUCGUGCAGCAGAUGCAGCCUAACAAGGAGGACAGAGACUUCGACGGCGUGUUCCAGCUGCAGCGCAAGGAGAUGCUGCAGCAGUUGCUGCUUAUGCUCGGCUCAGCCGUGGUCUCGAGCCCCCAGAUGGCCGAGGCCCUGCAUCGGGAGAGCCAGCCCUGUGGCCUGCCCAGGGAGGGCCAGGGCAGCAGCACCCAGCUACUCAGGACAGGGUCUCUGCUGCAGCAGCUGUCCGGCAUCGUACCCUACCGGCCUGGGGACCUGGGUCUGGUACCUCGACGGAUCCACAUCCCACCCAACCCUGAGGACCUCAGGCUGCUCUCUCAUACCACCCGUAUGGGCAACUUACAGGCAUACAGCAGCCCUGAGGUGAGGGUGCCAGGGGGCCCCAGGGACAGCCGAAUGAGGGCCACGCUUGGGUGCAUAUCACAGCUCUUCCAUACCACAGCUGUGUGGCUCUGUGGAUGUGGCUGGACCUCUCUAAAGCCUCCACUUCCCCAUCUGUAA